AUGGCUCCCCGCCUAAUCUCUCGCGCCGCCGUGGCGGUGUUGCUACUGCUGUCGAUGGCUUCGUCGUUACUCCCUGCGGCGAGAGGUAUAUGGUUGUCGAUCCCUAGCACGGGAACCAAGUGCGUCUCCGAGGAGAUCCAUAGCAACGUCAUCGUUCUGGCGGAUUACUAUGUCAUCAACGAGGAUAAGCCGGAGCAUGUGCCGAAGGUUUCUUCGCGGGUGACAUCUCCAUAUGGAAACAAUCUACACCACCUGGAAAAUGUGACUCACGGUCAGUUUGCCUUCACGACCAGUGAAGCAGGUAACUACUUGGCAUGUUUCUGGCUGGACGAACAUCAGGAACAUGUCUCUAACGUAAGUUUGGGUCUGGAAUGGAAAACUGGGAUUGCCGCAAAGGACUGGGAUUCAGUGGCUAAGAAAGAAAAGAUCGAGGGAGUUGAGCUUGACCUUAAGAGGCUAGAAGCAUCCGUUGAAUCAAUCCAUCAAAAUCUGAUCUAUCUCAAAGAAAGGGAAGCAGAGAUGAGGGAAGUGAGUGAGCAGACCAAUGGGAAAGUGGCUUGGUUCAGCAUUAUGGCACUCAGCGUGUGCAUUGCAGUUGCGGCAUUCCAGUUGUGGUACUUGAAGCGGUACUUCCUGAAGAAGAAGCUUAUCUAG